CUUCUUCUCCAGGUGAUCACCACCACCACAACUCCACCAAGCCAGGACCCUCUCGCUCGCCUGAGCCUCCCCAACCCUAGAGAAGAAUCGCCCGUGGUGUCCAAGAACUCACUUGCCAAGUGAGGGGAUCGAGUCGCUGUUCGUAGAAUCGGAGCACACCUAGCAAAAGCCAAGAACGCACGAGAAGAAGAGCCAUGGUGUCCUAGGUAGGAACCUAGGCGGCGGCGGCGGUGGCGUAGGGGGUGGGGAAAGGAGUAGAGGAAUGGCGAGGGGAGGCGUGGCGUGGAGGAGUAGAGGGGGAUGGCCAAGAACCGAUCGGAGAAGGCGGCGAGGCGAGUGAUGGAGGAGGAGGCGGCGGCCCCGGCCAUCGCGCGCCUGGGGUACGACCAGGUGGUCUCCAUCCUGCACCUCCUGCCGGCCGAGUCCGUGCUCUCGUUCGCCGCCGCAUGCCGGGCCUUCCACGCGUGGGCCUCGUCGGACGCGCUCUGGGAGGCGCUCUGCCGCCGCGACUGGGGGGCCCGGGCCACCGCCGCGCUCGCCGAGCAGCGCCGCGGCGGCGGCGCGGUGCCGUGGCGGAGGAUCUACUCGGAGGUCGCCCUGCUCGGCGCGCUGUCCGCGCGCCGGGUCCCCGUGAAGGGCGCCUCGCCGCGGCCCCGGGCGUCGCACUCGCUCAACCUCGUCGCCGGUUGGCUCGUCCUCUUCGGCGGCGGCUGCGAGGGAGGUCGCCAUCUUGAUGAUACUUGGGUGGCAUAUGUUGGAAAUGGAGUUGGGAACAGAUCAUCUAAUGUGUUUAGCUGGCAGCAAUUAGACUCUGGCAUUCCAAGUGGUCGUUUCGGCCAUUCAUGCUCUCUAGUUGGAGAUUCAUUAGUCCUAUUUGGUGGAAUCAAUGAUCAGGGCCAGCGUUUGAAUGACACAUGGAUAGGUCAAAUCAUUUGUGAGGAAUCCCAUAGGAUGAGGAUCUCGUGGAGAUUGCUGGAGGUAGGCCCACAUGCGCCACCUCCUCGUGGAGCUCAUGCAGCCUGCUGUGUGGAUGAUAAGUUCAUUGUAAUUCAUGGUGGCAUAGGGCUGUCUGGAAGCCGGCUUGGGGAUACAUGGCUUCUUGAUCUCUCUAAUGGUCUCCGAUCUGGCAGUUGGCACCAAAUAGGGGAUACUGAGCCUUUGCCUUUAUCUCGUUCUGGCCACACUUUAACUUGGAUUGGCGGGAGUCGCAUGGUUCUUUUUGGUGGUAGAGGAUCAGAAUUUGAUGUUCUUAAUGAUGUCUGGCUGCUUGAUAUUAACGAAAGUUAUCCAAAAUGGAAGGAGCUGAAGUAUGACUUGUCUAGUGUUCUGGGUGAAAUGCCUUUUCCACGGGUUGGACAUUCAGCAACACUUAUCUUUGGCGGUAAGAUCCUUGUGUAUGGUGGAGAGGACUCACAAAGGCGACGGAAGGAUGACUUUUGGAUCUUAGAUUUACCUGCCCUGCUUCAAUUUGAGUCAGGUUCCAAGAAAAUGAUAAAAAGGAUGUGGAAAAAGCUAAGAGUUGAUGGUCAAUGCCCAAGUUACAGGUCCUUUCAUGGUGCAUGUGUAGACACUUCUGGCUGCUGCGUGUAUAUUUUUGGCGGGAUGAUUGAUGGCCUUGUGCAUCCUGCUGAAACCUGGGGUUUGAGGUUUGAUGGGCAGCUGUAUCAAGUGGAGCUUGUGUUGCACCUGUAGAUUUUGCAUGUUGUUCCCCUAUGAAUCUGAGACUUUCUCAGCAUAAUGCCAUAUUGUGUAGUUUUCACAUUACACUGCUCGAUAAAAGAUCUGGAGACCUCCCUGAAACAUUUCUACAAACCGUUACCAUGUUGACAUUCCACACAGAUAUUGGCCACUGUAAUGAUGACCCAAACUGAUGCUCGUCUGUCAACUGCAUAAGGUUGCACACCUGUCUGCCAUUAAGAAUGGGUUUGUCUGUGUAUGGGUUCAAAUUGUCAUUCCUUUGUCAGGUACAUAUGUUCCAAAGAAUGUCUGUCAAUACCAUCUGGAGCAGAUCGUUGCUUCCUUACCUGAUGGGCUCUCAUAUAACCAUGAAAAGAGGGAUACCGUUGCCAUCGAUGACAAACUAAAGUGACAUGGUUGAGGAUUGCUAGGGACCAUCCGGAGCUAUUCUUGAUCUUAGCACCCGUCACAAGUUGGCUCAGUGCAGGACCAUGUCUGUAUGCAUUGUUUAAAUUGUUGUCACAUGCAGAAGCAUGUCAUGUUUAAUUGAGCUCAUGAUGGUGUCUAGGACACACUGGCAGCAGCAUACAACACGGAAGUUUUCGUAUGGUUAGUGCACUGGUUUGAUCCUGGGUCCACGGAUACUAGAUCGCGUCUGAAUCUUUUAACGGUGCAUCGACAUGCAGGUUAUUGGCAUGUGCACAUUAAUGCUGUGAUAUUGGGACCAAUAGAGGUUUGGACUUUGUUCCACUGGGACCAUUUGCAGAAUUGACUAUGGGAUCACAUCAGUGGAUAAAAUUAUGGAACUCCUGUUUGGAUCCACCUUGUGACAGGAAGGUCUUCCUGCAAGCAUCAACAGCUCAAUGCCAGAAUCGUCAUCCACCAUGUAUGAAAUCCCUAAACAGUUUUACCCAUUUGUUUAGGUCUUAGCUGCUGCUUUUAUUUGUGGGAGAUCCUGUAGAUUCCUAAUAGACUAUUUUCUCCAUAUAUCUCAGUGUAGAAUUUCCACUAUUCUUGUUACUUUGUAAAUUUGUUGCUGCUUUACUCAAUACCCACAAAUAAACGAAUAAUCUUUCUAGAAGCAAUGUAGUUGAAAUGUUUAACAGCUGAUGUUGGUCUGAAUCUUGGAUAUGACUUUCUGGAUAACCUAGUCUUACUGAAGUCGAAGGUUAACACAAUCCUCGUACUUCUAGUAUUGUUCCAUUGACAUCUAUCCCUUGCCAGUAUACUUUUGAUUGGAAAGAAGUAGGACAUGAUAUCUGUCGACUUUAAAUUGUU